GGGCCUCGAUUCGUGCUCUUGUUUAUAUUGGGAGCCAUGGUGUUUGUUUUGCACACGUCUUCGGAAGCCCAGAUCAAUAUGGAAGAUGCCUUUUUCUUGACUAAAAAUUCCCUCAAAGAGUUUAGGGCUCAAUACUUUCCCAAUAAGCACCAUAAAGUACCGGAUGUAAGACCUACGGAUUCAGUGAGCAUCGACAGUUUUGGCCCUUCUUACGACGAAAUUCAAUACCCGCUCAACAGCAUUGUUAGCUCGGUAUUCCCCAUUGAUUCUCGUAUCGAGUUGAAUACUACUUCAGACUACUAUGAGUUAGUAGCAAGAUACGCAUCUUUCAGUCCGAUAUUGAACUUCCCCUUAAUGGGGAACUAUAAAACACUAGCUAUAGAUGCUUGUAAUAGCACGGAGUUGAAUGGUUUGGACUUGCAGGAAUACCAGUUCAAGGUGUUGGUGGUGGUUCGAGGAAAAUGUACUUUUGUCAGAAAAGUAGAGAAUAUCCUCAAGUCGGACUUGGAUCCUAAAGCCAUUAUUGUUGCUAAUGAUGAGCCAUCAAGAGGACUUAUCACCAUGUAUUCCAACACUUUCAAUGAGGACCGGUCUUUAACGGUUCCAAUCAUGUUUAUCACCCAGGAAUCAUAUGAUACACUCAAACGGUUUCAAGACCAGAACUUGGUGAUUCGAAUCUUAACCAUCUCCUUAGGAAGCUGGGUAAAUAUCAUGGUUCUGAUGAUGCUAUCACCACCGCUUUUAAUUCUAUUUUUCUAUUGCUUGAUCCAAGUACUCCAGCAUUUCAGAAAGGUUCGUCAAAGUCGCCAGAGCCAAAAGAUUGUCAAGAACCUUCCAGUCUAUAUCUACAACAAGAACCACUUGAUCCAUUGCAAGACUUUUUAUAAGUAUUUGAAGACCACUGGCCAAACGGAACAAAUAUUGAGCGAAAGCUUGAACUCUUCGUCUUCUUCAUUGGCUGCAAAUGACUCAGAAAGACCCGUUGCAAAACCUACUCCGUCGUCUCUGAAUGCCUCAAUGAACAAUUUCAAGGUCAAUGGCAUCGACCUCAAGAGAAAUGUCAAGCUGUUGGGUAUUUUACUCAUGAAUGAGGAUUUCUACCCUUCUUUCAAAUGCUCCAUUUGCCUUGACAGGUUCAAACCGUUGAAGUCUCGUGUUCUUGUUCUAGACUGCAAGCAUUUUUUCCAUGAGGGAUGUUUGUCCAAUUGGCUCAUCAACUUCAGAAGAAGUUGUCCCUUGUGCAACCGAUCAGUAUUUGAAAACGUUUCCACAACCCUAAUUGCUGGUCAAUUGGGAGUUCAGUCAUAUGGAAGUGUUAGUGAUGAGGAAUCCAACAUCGCCAUCCCCGUGAAUGAGAUUAUAACUACAGGGACGGCAGAGCCGUUUGAAAAUUUGUCGAUUUCCGGCCCAUCCGCCGAACUCAUACCCAACCACCCACCACACGAAUCUCCUCCGAACCCAGGUAGCUUGUUGACAGCAACGAGCCAGUCCACAGUGUCGACCAAUACCAUAUCGUCGUUUAUCACCUCCAACACCCACUUCAACGACCAAUCAUCUAUUCAAACCGGUUCAAGCACUUUUGCCACUGCUUCUGAAAGGACUACACCUGUGGACUCCAUUUCCACCAUUUCCUCUGUGUCAGACGAAGCUACCAUAAAUCUCUCACAGUUUGAACCAUAGUUGUAUAGUAAUUCCAAAUUGCAAUAUUCGCA